AUUGUAAGUUUCCUGAGGUUAUGGAUUGUGAUAGUCGAGAUUAGAGUAGACAGUUAUUUCCUCCAAAAUGUUUUUCUUAGAUACAGACAAGUUGUAACUUUGAAGCGUACCUAUAUUGUUGUCGCCAUCACUUGGAUCAAGUCUACUUUCGUUGCUGCCCUUUACCCGGUAGAUUUUCGCAUAACAAUUUCUUAUGGUUGUAUAGUGAUACCAUUAUGCGUAAUUGUUUCGUUUGUGUCGUAUACAAGAAUUUUCUGGGCACUCAGACAUCGUAGCAACGAAGUACAAGAUCUUGUCCAACACCGAAAUAGCCAAACGAACCCGCUGAAUAUUGUGCGAUACACAAAAACCCGUGAACGGUUCUUUGUCAGUGCAGCUGGUGUUACUUGUUUGUUAUUCACCAUUUGCUGUGGUGGAGAUCUCUGUGGUUACUAA